UUUUUAUUGUAAGUCUACAACUCACCAAGAGCAGCGCGGUGCAAUACACAAGAACCUUGCUGACGUUACUGGCUUCAGGGGGAAUCGCCGGCCAGGAUGUUUUUGGCCGGUCUUCAAAGGAAGGCGGCCGCAGGUCCCAUAAAACAGGCUCGCCCCAUGGAGAGGUGGGGAUUGGAUCUCAUCAGCGAUAUUUUUACCUCGGAAAACGACCGGGUUGCCCUACGGCCCGCCUGGUUCACAGCAAGUCGGUGGGGCGAAAUCGCUCUACUCUAAAAGCAAAAUUUUAUUCCCCACUAUCGAAACAAGGAAACCCUCAUUGCCGAUUGAGGGGCCAUCCAAAAGGCGUUCAAAAUCGACCCCCACAGAGCGGCACGAUACGUGGUUAUCGGUGGGGAAGGUGCAACAAGGGUGAGAGGCGUCACCACGGGAAUGGUGGGGGGGGGACGGCUUACAACGUUAACGGAAAGAGGUAUUGA